UGUUGUCUAGAAUCGAAAUCAGAUCCUUAUUUUGACAGAACAACCAUUGCCCGUUAGUCUGAAGUGCUCUCACUCCAAAUGUUUUUUUCAUUUGAGAAGAAAAUGAGAAAAAAAAAAUAAAGAAGAGAAAAGAAAAGAAACAAUUGAUGCAAGUAAAUGAAGCAUAAGAAGCUGCUGCUUUCACUCCUAGAGAAAUGCCCAAAUCUUAAAAAUCUGAAGAAAAUCCAUGCCCAUGCAACAACUCUAGGACUGCUGCAAAACCACAACCAAGCCUUGUCGUGCAAAAUACUCACCACCUACGCGAAUCUAAACAACCCAGAUGAUGCAAACAGAACCUUCAACCAAAUCCAACGCCCAGACAUAGUCUCAUGGACAUGUCUCAUUAAACUUUUCGUACAAUACGAAGAUCCCUUCAAAUCUGUCUUAGCCUUCUCCCAGUUGAUACGUAACUGUUUAAGACCCGACACUUAUUCUGUCGUUGCUGCCUUGUCAGCUUGUGGUAAAAAUAAAGAUUUGGACAAUGGGAAGUUCAUUCAUGGAGUUGUUUCGAAAUAUGAGCUGGGUUUUGAGAACCCAAUUGUUGGAAAUGCUCUUAUUGAUAUGUAUAGUAGAAAUGGUGAUAUUUUAGCAUCUGAACUAGUGUUUGAGUGGAUGUUUGUUAAAGAUAUUGCUUCUUGGAAUAGUUUGCUCAAUGGAUUUUUAUUGUGCAAUGAUUUGGAGGCUUCUCGCCGCGUGUUUGAUAAAAUGCCGUCUAGAAAUGCAGUUUCUUGGACUGCUAUGAUAUCUGGAUACGUAAAAGGGAAGGAACCGUUAGUCGGAUUGAAACUUUUUAAAGAAAUGAAAAGUGAAGGAAAAGUUGAUCCAACUAUGGUUACUAUCGUGGCUGUUCUUGCUGGUUGCGCUGACAGUGGGGGUCUCUAUUUUGGUGUCAGCGUUCAUGGCUAUGUUAAGAAAGUGAAUUUGAAUGAAAAGAAUGUUGUUUUGAGUAAUGCUUUGAUGGAUAUGUAUUCAAAGUGUGGAUACCUUGAUGUUACCGCGAAGAUUUUUAAUGACAUGGUGGUCAGGGAUGUGUUUUCUUGGACUACUAUGAUAACAGGGUAUGCAUUUCAUGGGAAAGGAAAACAAGCGUUGGAGCUAUUUUUUGACAUGUUAGAAUCAAGGGUUGCUCCAAAUGAGGUGACAUUUUUGUCUGCUCUAUCAGCUUGUAGCCAUGAAGGGUUGCUUGUCCAGGGGCAGAGGUUGUUUAGGAUAAUGGUUCAACGCUAUGGUUUUAAACCCAAAAUUGAACAUUAUGGAUGUGUUUUAGAUCUUCUUGGCCGAGCUGGGCUUUUGGAAGAAGCAAAAAUGUUCAUUGAAGAAAUGCCCAUAUUGCCAGAUGCUGUUGUUUGGAGAUCAUUACUUUGUGCUUGUCUAGUCCAUGGGAAAUUGGAUUUAGCAGAGGUGGCAGGAAAGAAGGUUAUUGAGCUAGAACCAGAUGAUGAUGGGGCGUAUUUACUUCUGUGGCAUAUGUAUUCUAGUACAAAUAGGCCGGAAGGUGCUGUGAAGAUUAGGAAGUUGAUGAGAAAUCAAAAGGUUAGGAAAAGACCUGGAUGUAGUUGGCUUGAGGUGAAUGGUAUUGUUCGUGAAUUUCUUGCUGAAUAUAGACCACAUUAUGCUGGCAGUGAUAGUUGCUGCAUUCUGGAAGGCAUCAGUGAACAAUCAAAACUGAAUGAAGAAUUUCUUUGGUUAGGGUUGGAAUAACUCAAUACUCCAAGCUGCUGCUUUCUCAUUUUCCUCUUAAUCUUUUAGGGGGAGGGGUGGUGAAGAAGGCUUUGCAAAGGAUUUCCAUAAACAAACCUGUUCAUUAUCAGGUAGAAGCCCAUACAUCUUUUGUUUGUGUUCAGAAGAAUUAGCACAACGGAUCAUGAGGAAAACCUGUCCAUUACCGGCCGCAGACGAACAAUCACUGGUCAAUUCAAGGCUAAGGCUAAUAGAUGGCAGAGACAAUUAAAUUUUCAAGCUAUAGACUGCAGCAAAAAGAAAGAAAAGGGAUCGCCAGCUGCACAAGAGGAAAAAGCAGACAUGGCCUCACUUGGAAAGCCCUUCUUUGAGCACCGCAUAUCACAGGGUGCUUCCUUGAUUCUUCUGAUCUCUGCUAGAUUGCUACUUUAAUCUAAAGCUGAUGCCAUGCUACAAAAUGUUUGAGAAGUUGUAGAAGGAAAAAACUGAGCCACCCAUCAUGAGAUGGACUUCCUAUUCUCCCUCAUGAUCUCUUCUUUUCUUAGUUCAUAAAUGUGUUGACACACUUCCUUUCCUCCCCAUUUUCCAAUUUUCCUCUGAACAGAGAUUUUAGUAAUGAUGUCAAAUUAGGUACAAUAGCAAUGACAUAUAAACUCUCUGCUCUAUUUUAUUUUUCUUUUCAACAAAGCAAAAAGAGGGUUGCUUCCUCAAACCUCUCUUCACUACCCA